AUGCCUACCGAAGCUCAAGUCGCCGGCGGCCACAAGGCCAACUUGAAAAACUCUAACUCCAGCAAGGAGUCUAAGGAGCAUUCGAAAGAAGCCCUCGAGAACGAGUUCAAUGGCGGUGAUGUUCCUCACGCCGGAGACAACGAAGACAAAAACCCAGGUAACGUCGCUGGCGGUCUCAAGGCAACACUCAAGAACCCCAACGUGUCUGAUGAGGCCAAGCAGAGUGCGAAGGAACGUCUUGAAGAUAUGUAA